GAGUACUUCAACAUUAUUUGCAUGAUUUCCUUUGUUAGCUUUUGCCACAGCAAUUUUCUUUCAGCACUUCUGGAUUUAAAACUCAACACAUGAGCUACAUCUGGUUCUUCACUAUGCUUGAGAAUCCAAUACGUGCUACCAUGUGCUUGAACAAAUAUGCACAGAAAUGUGGUUUGACUUGCCCUGAAUGUUUCAACUCAACCAAUCUUGAGAAAACAAAUUGCAACUAUGUCUCAACUUUUCAACUUGAAAGACAAUGGACAGGAAAUUUUGGCUGUUUUUUUGGGUCAUUACAUCAGAGUUCAUAGGAAGUUUUAUAGGAUCCCACAAGACACCCUGCAGAUCGCUAAAGUCAGCAGAAUUCUACUUGCUUGUGAAAGAGGAUCUGUGGAAAAGUACAAGAACAAAUCACUUGAUGACAUAGAGAUUGACUUGAAUGAGGUUUCAGAUGAUGAAGAAUCAGUGCUGAUUGAUAUCAAGACUCCUGAAGCACCUACUGAGAAAACAGCAGAUUUAGCUGUAUGUAAGAUAGAACCGUAUUUGAUACUAGAAUCCAGUUUUAGGAAUCUCAAGAAUGGGAAUGAACUUUCUGAUGAUAUUGUCAAUUCUGCUGUCUAUCCUGCCACUCAAAAAAGAGAGCAUGAGCUUGCUUAUCCUAAAAGAAGGGCAUCUGGCAAAAGUGAUGCUUUUUUCACUCAGACUUCAUCUAUUGUAAAGAAAAAAAGCAGACAGAUGCCUCAAG